UCAGUUUGAGUAACUUAUUCUCAAUCCUAAUUCUGGGUUUGUCUCUCUACUUAAUCUUCUUCCUUAAACAAAACCAAUCACUACUACUACUCUUUCUUUUCAAAACAUGGCUGCAGAAGCGCCUAACUCCAUUUAUGACUUCACUGUCAAGGAUAUUGAAGGAAAUGAUGUAUCCUUGAAAGACUAUGCUGGAAAGGUUCUUCUGAUUGUCAAUGUUGCUUCCAAAGAUGGUCUUACCGAAUCCAACUACAAGGAACUUGAUGUAUUGUAUGAGAAAUACAAAACCCAAGGGCUUGAGAUUCUUGCAUUUCCUUGCAACCAGUUUGCUGGUCAAGAACCGGGAACUGAUGCUGAGAUAAAAGAAGUUGCCCGUUCAAAGUUCAAAGCCGAAUUUCCUGUAUUUGCUAAGAUUGAUGUUAAUGGGAAGGAUGCCGCACCACUCUACCAGUAUAUCAAAUCACAAAAAGGUGGGUUAUUUGGUAAUGCAAUCAAAUGGAAUUUCACAAAGUUUCUCGUAAACAAAGAGAGAAAAGUUGUUGACAGAUAUGCUCCCACCACAGGUCCACUCAGAAUUGAGAAAGACAUCCAAGGCCUUUUGGCAGUUCCAGCAUCAGCUCCCUAGAGAUAAAUUGUGGAGCUGCAAUCUCACUCUAUGUAUGAAUAAAUAUUCCCAAUAUAAAAUUUGUGUCAGUGAGUUCAAAUAAAAAAGGAUUACCUUUUGCGUUUGCAGUUUGAAAGUUUGGUUCUUGUUUUACA